AUGAACGAGACUUUAAAGAGUUCAUCGGAUAGAAAUAUGAUUAAUCAGAAUAAAGAGAAUGUUGUUGAUGAAUUAGUAAAAAGGAAAGAUGAAAUAUGUUCUUGGUGUUUUGAUACCUUAUAUUAUGAAUUGAAAAAUGAGAAAUAUAAUUAUGUUCCUCCUAUAUUACAAAAAUUACAUAAAGGAGGUUUUCAAAUACCCAUUUUUGUAAAGUGGAUGAAAUUAUAUGAUAUAAAAGAUAUGGGAUCAUAUGAUUAUGAUGCUUACGAAUUAAAAGGUUGUAUAGGUUGUUUAGCAGAUGUAGAUAUUUUAGAAAUAUCUUAUUAUGCUAUACAAAGUUCACUUCAUGAUACAAGGUUUUUACCAAUAACUUUGAAGGAUUUACCAUAUCUUAUAGUUUCCAUAACAUAUCUAUAUAAUUUUGAAGAAUGUAAACAUGUAUAUGAUUGGGUUAUUGGUAAGCAUGGAAUUAAAAUAAAUUUUACUAUUAACCAAAAAAAAUACUCAGCCACGUUCUUGCCAGAAGUAGCUAUACAACAUAAUUUUAAUCAUGAAACCACUGUGAAAAAAUUAAUAAGAAAAGCAAAUUAUAGAGGAGAAAUUAAUGACGAACUUUUAAAUAUUAUACAAGUCGAAAGAUAUGAAGGCAUUAGUUGUAGUUUAACAUACCAAGAUUAUCAAAAGUUUAAGUCCUCACAGAAUAAGAGAAACGCAUAG